GGCAGGUCCGGCGGGCGGGACGUGGGCGGAGGAAGGACGGACGGACGGACAGACGGACCGGGGCCUCCGCGCAGUGCCCGCUCGCCCCUCGGUGCCCGCUCACCCCGUCCCUCGCCAUGGCGGGCGCCGUCGCGGGGCUCCGCGCCUCCUACCACCGCAUGCUCGACCGCAUCGAGCUGAUGCUGCCGCCGCGGUUCCGGCCCUUCUACAACCACCCCGCGGGUCCCAAAACAGUGUUUUUCUGGGCACCUAUUAUGAAAUGGGGUCUGGUGUGUGCUGGCCUGGCUGACAUGGCCAGACCAGCAGAAAAGCUCAGCACAGCACAGUCUGCAGUACUAAUGGCCACAGGCCUUAUUUGGUCACGGUACUCUCUAGUGAUUAUCCCUAAAAACUGGAGUCUGUUUGCUGUGAACUUCUUUGUUGGCUGUGCUGGUGGCUCCCAGCUUUUCCGAAUAUGGAGGUAUAAUCAGGAGUUAAAAGCACAAAAGCAGCUGCAGUAAAGAGAUGCUUAACCCAACAGGUCAAAUCUAGGAACGCACAAACCCAUCCCCAUGGGACCUAGCUUCACUGAUUUUAAUUUCUUUUUCCUCUGAGAAAAUAAAUGAGGAAAUUUAAAUGUUUAGAGAGCAAAUGCUUUCUAAGUGCAAAUAACAAAGUGUCUCCACACAUUUAAAUAAAGGGUAACCUUUUGAAAUGAA